AUGACAUUUGAAGAAUUUAAACAAACAAAAACAUAUUCUUGGAUAUCCAAAACAAUAUCAUUUCUAAUAAGUCAAUGGUUUUUCCUAUUUCUUGGGGCAUUUAUAGCAAUAGCUCAUUCAUAUCCACAAUUUGCUAAACAAGGAGGUAUGAUAAGAGCAGAAUAUAGUAUUGGAUAUGGAGCAGUAGCUGUAAUUUUUUUAAUUAGUGGAUUAUCAAUGUCUUCAAAACAAUUAGUUGUUAAUGCAGCUAAUUGGAGAGCUCAUUUUACAGUAUUAUCAAUGUCAUUUUUAAUAACAAGUUCAAUUAUAUUUGGUAUUUGUCUGGGUAUUAAACAUGCUCAUAAUAAACAAAUUGAUGAUUGGUUACUUGUUGGUAUGAUUGUUACUCAUGCUUGUCCAACUACUGUUAGUUCAAAUGUUGUUAUGACGAAAUUAGCUGAUGGUAAUGAUAUUUUAACAUUAUGUGAAGUUUUCAUUGGUAAUAUACUUGGAGCAUUUAUAACCCCUGCUUUAUUACAAAUGUAUAUGAAAGGAACAUGGGAAUUUGGUAAUCCAAGUCAUCAACCAAAUGGUGAUUCAACUAUUCAACAAUUAUAUGCUGAAACAAUGAAACAAUUGGGAUUAUCUGUUUUUAUACCAUUAUUUGUUGGUCAAGUUGUACAAAAUAUUUUCCCAAUUCAAACUAAAUGGUGUUUAACUACUUUUAAAUUAAAUAAAGUUGGUUCAUUUAUGUUAUUAUUAAUUAUGUUUCAAUCUUUUUCAACUGCUUUUGCUCAAAAUGCUUUUACGAGUGUUAGUCAUGCUUCAAUUAUUUUUUUAGUAUUUUUCAAUAUUGGAAUUUAUUUAUUUUUCACAAUUAUAACUUAUAUGUAUUCAAGACCAAUUUGGAUUAAAAAAUGGCUUUUCAAUGAACCAAAUGAAUCUUCUUCAAAUUUUUAUAAAAUUUGUUAUUUUAUAUUUCGUCCAUUUUAUUAUAAUCGAAAAGAUACUGUUGCUAUUAUGUUAUGUGGACCUGCUAAAACUGCAGCUUUGGGUGUUUCUUUAGUUUCUUCACAAUAUGGUUCUCAUAAUCCAAAAUUAGGUAUUAUUUUAGUUCCUUUAGUUUUAUAUCAAGCUGAACAAGUUAUAACUGCUAAUGUCUUGGUGAAAUUUAUGAAGAAAUGGAUUCAUGCUGAAGAUAAUCAAAAACAAGAUGAAGAAAAAUCAAUUGCUUCAAGUGAAUCAGUUGAUAAUGAAGUUAUUCAUGUUGAAGGGGAAGAUACUCUGAAUUUAUCAUCAGUUCGAGAUCGUAAAUCACAUACAAAUCAAUAG